AUGAAUGCCCCCGAUCGUUAUGAGAGAUUUGUCGUCCCUGAGGGUGUCUCUAAGGUAUCGUAUGAGAGGGACACAAAGAUUAUCAAUGCAGCUUCCUUCACAAUCGAGCGAGAGGAUCACACUAUCGGCAACAUACUCCGCAUGCAACUGCACAGGGAUGAGAAUGUACUUUUUGCUGGAUACAAGUUGCCUCACCCACUUCAGUACAAGAUACUCUUAAGGAUCCACACAACAAGCCAGUCUUCUCCGAUGCAGGCGUAUAACCAGGCAAUCAAUGAUCUGGAUAAGGAACUUGAUCAUCUGAAGAAUGAAUUUGAGGCAGAUCUAGCAAGACUGGAGGGAAAGCAACCAAGGGAUUACUAA